AUGGCAGCCCCCAAGAAAAAGCUACCGGCCUCACGCCCCUCGAGCUCGUCGCGGUCGACGCCGUCGUCGGAAGCAAGCACCAGCACCAACACCAACACCAGCACAAGAGGUCGAUCCCCCGGCCCUAGCGCGGCGCGCCUCCUUGACCAAGAAAGCACCCAACGCCCCGACGCCGCCUCAUCAUCCUUGUCAAACACGACCGCGAUCCCGUCGGCCACGGCCGUUGCGUCCGACUCGCCCGGCUCGGCGUCUGCGUCGACGCCGCAGCCCAGACCUGCCAAGCGCAAGAGGCGCAGCGAGCUCUCGCCCUCGUCCAAGGCCAGCCACAGCACCGUCGAAAAGGAGCGCAGAGAGGCAAUGAACGAGCGCUUCAACGAACUCGCUUGCCUCAUCCCGCAGCUGCAAGAGGCGCUCGUGCAGGGCAAGAAGCCCACAAAGGGCGACAUAGUCAGGGCCAGCAUCAACUACCAUCACCAGCAGGAGGAGAGGGUGCAGCACCUCAGCCGACAGCUCGAGCUCCUCGCCAACCACAGCACGGCGGCACACCUCGCAUCACUGCCCGCCGCCCAGCCGCACCAUGCCAUGACCAUGGCUGCUCCGGCAUUGCGGCCCGCGCCUAGCGCGUCGACAGGCACCGCCGCAAGCACGCCUCGGCCCAUGAACGCCAACGUGCGCGUCUCGCCGCCACCGCCGCCGCCAGACUCGGCCACCAGCCAGAUGACGAGCUUUCCGGCGCCGCACGUCGACCUGUCCAACCUCGAGCGGUCCUCGGACGCCGGCAGCAGCGCGCACUCCGAGCUCACGCUGUCGGACGCGCCCUCGCCCUUCAAGGACACGGCCAUGGCUCCACAGUGGAGCGCAUCCUCGUGGGCCGGCUGGUCGGGCCGCGAGGAUCCCAGCUUUGUCAAGCUCGAGGUGCCCAGGGACCUGCUGAGCGCAUUCAAUCUCGCCGAGCUGGGCCAGAACCCGCUUUUGCCGCCGAGCUCGCUGUCGUCGCCCGCGCAGUCGAGCCAUCGGAAUUCGUUCCAGGUUGACUCGGGGCUGUCGGCAGGUUCCGGGGCCGAGUCGCUGAUCCCGCAGAGGUCGCUGUCGGAUUCGUUCGACGCCGACACGUUUGCGCUGCUGUCGUCGCACCUCCGGAUCCAGGACGCGUCGUUGAUUGGCGAGGACGGUACCGGCAGCGCAUACACGCAUCGGAUCGGCGAGGCGCCGCUCAGCGCCGAGGCGCACCGCAGGAAGCACACGCUCGAGCUCGACGGCGAGGAGACGCUGCAGCUGCUGCGCGACACGGCGCCGGCGGGCGAGUUUGCCUUUGUCCGCGACGCCGACUUUCUCGCGCCGUCGUUUGACUUUGAGCGCGGCGGACACUCGUUCUUCCUCGGCGACCCGCCCGGUGCGGACGGCAGCCUGGCUGCGGCGCCGGAGAGCGUCGACGAUUCUGCGCGAGCUUUUCCGACGCUGCUGAGGACCGACAAGCCGGUCGCGGCUCAGCAGCAGCGCUGA